AUACGUGUGGCAGAUAAAUGCGAAACUAAUUUUAAACAGCCCACAAUCGAUGCUGCGCUCACCUGCUUAGUUAGUUCCGCUGAGACCAACGCAGCACCUCAAAACUCAUGUCUUAUGUCAAAACUGUACCAGCCCUUACUCGGGCAGGCGUGGAUAUAAACGUCAGAAGACUGAAUACCCUUUCUAACCGAAGAGCACAGUCCACUGUCGCCUCAACUCAGGCAGGCCAGGAUGUCACCAACAGAGAGUCCUACUCUUCAAGGAAAAGCAGAAAUGCUUCCUCCUCACCAAAGAUCUCUAUUGACUUUGAGCUGACACAGGAAGCAUACAAGAGUAAAGACAAUUUAGAACUGCUCAGAAGUUUGGUGGUUUUCAAACUGUGCUCCUAUGACCUUUUGGUUGAUAAGAACAAGGAGCUGAUGGAUAUCAGUAAGUUCCUACUGGGAAAGAAGGCAUUUGAGCAGUUUAUGAAGAUGACAUUCUAUGGCCAGUUUGUGGCGGGAGAGGACCACAAGUCCAUCAAGUCUCUGAUUCAAAAGAACAGGGCCUUCGGAGUGGGCUCUGUCCUGGACUACAGUGUAGAGGAGGACCUCACACAAGAGGAUGCAGUGACUAAAGAGAUGGACUCAUGUGUGUCUGCUACAGAGAAAGAAGGCAUGAGCAUGGACCACAGAGAAAAGCAGUAUAAGGCUCACCAACAGUUUGGGGACCGUCGAGGGGGAGUGACCGGCGCCAGGACAUACUUCUACUCUGAUGAGGCCAAAUGUGACCAACACAUGGAGACCUUCCUAAAGUGUAUCAAAGCAUCUGGUGGGAGCUCAGUGGAUGGCUUCUCUGCCAUCAAGAUGACUGCACUGGGACGACCUCAGUUCCUGCUCCAGUUCUCGGAGGUGCUGGUGAAAUGGAAGCGUUUCUUCAGCUUCCUGGCGGCACAGCAGGGGAGAGAUGGCAUGGAGGCUCUGGAGCAGAGGCUAGAGCUGCAGCCACUACAGGAGUUUAUGACCACGUUGGGGGCCACAGGUGACUUCCAUGGCUGGUUCACUGGAGAGAAACAAGGAUCAGGAACCAUUGACAGGCUGGACUGGAACAGCCUGAUCGACGACAGAAUAAAGAUAUCAGAUCUGCUGGUUGUCCCAAAUUUAGAGACUGGUCAGCUGGAGCCCCUGCUCAAUAAGUUCACAGAGGAGGAGGAGAAACAGAUGAAGAGGAUGCUCCAGAGGCUGGACGUACUUGCCAAUCAUGCAGAGGAGCACAGUGUUCGUCUGAUGGUGGAUGCAGAGCAGACCUACUUCCAGCCUGCCAUCAGCACACUGACUGUGGAGAUGCAGAGGAUCUACAAUAGAGGGAAACCUGUCAUCUUCAACACCUACCAGUGCUACCUCAAGGAGGCCUAUGAUAUUGUGACCAUGGAUGUUGAGUUGUCGAGGCGUGAGGGAUGGUUUUUUGGGGCCAAGCUGGUGCGUGGGGCUUAUAUGUACCAGGAGAGGAGCAGAGCGGAGGAGAUCGGAUACGAGGACCCCAUCAACCCUGACUAUGAGACCACUAACAUGAUGUACCACAAGUGUCUAGACUACAUCCUCGAUGAGAUUGUACUGAACAGAAAUGCCAAUGUCAUGGUUGCUUCUCACAAUGAGGACACAGUGAAGCACACCCUCAGGAGGAUGAAUGAGUUGGGCCUGACUCCCACGGAGAACAAGGUGUACUUUGGACAGCUGCUGGGCAUGUGUGACCAAAUCAGCUUCCCAUUGGGCCAGGCAGGUUUCCCGGUCUAUAAAUAUGUUCCAUACGGGCCGGUGAAUGAGGUGAUACCGUACUUAUCCCGUCGUGCCCAGGAGAACAGGGGCUUCAUGAAGGGUUCCCAGAGGGAGAGGGAGCUGCUGUGGAAGGAGCUAAAACGCAGGCUGGCCUCGGGACAGGUCUUCUACAGACCUCAGCCUGAACCGGGUCUAUGAAAUCACAGCUAGCUAGCUGUCUGUCUGUGCUGUGUCAUGACGUUGGCCUCUGAGUAUAGCAACCCCAUGCCCUCUCCCUUCCACCCCCCUUGCCUCCUUCAACUAGGCUGCUGUGGUCAGAGGUCGUAAAUUCCUGAGAAGACCUCAUGGACACACAGUUAUUGAGAGUAGUCUUUCAUGGAGACAAAGGAAAUCCUUCCACCUCACAGAACUCGAGGUACGAACAAAUUUCAUGUUCCGGAGAAAGUGUAAAAGAUCGGUGAAGAAUCCAGCUACGAACUGGUCCGUUUGUCACAACUUGGGAAACUCAUGGGAGACUGUGGCCAUAUUACCAUAACGUUGUUUAUAUGAUAGCCCCAGAUAAAGGGUUUACAUCUAAUUGUUGUAUAAGAUGAAUGAGUGAGUAUGAUACUGUUUACACAAUUUUACAAUGUGAUUUUGGACUGUUUAAUGAAGGAAAACUCAAAAAGGGAAUUGGAUUUG